CAGCCCCCUGGUGACCAAGGCAGGUGCCAUCUUAGUGGUGACGAAGCUCCUGCGCUGGGACAGGCCACAUCUCUGAGUAAGACUGAAGACUUGCUGGAAACAGUGAAAAAGCUGCAGAAAGAGGGAUGCCUGGAACCCCAGAUUGAGGACCUGAUUCAUCGAAUUAAUGAGCUGCAGCAAGAAAAGAGGAGAUCCAGUGUGGAACUGGGAGAGGCCCAAGCACUCCAGGAAGCCAUGAAUCAGGAACUAGAUUCCUUGAAUGACGAGAAAGCUCACCUAGAGGAGGUCCUGGGCAAGAAGCAAGAAGCUCUGAUGAUUCUCCAGAAGCAUUGCCAAGAGAGGGAAAAUGAGACUCAGUGGUUGAAUGCAAACGGCCAACUGGAGGAGCAAGUGGAGGAUCUGACAAAUCAGCGCAAGGACCUCUGGGAGUUCCAUGUCCUGCAGCAGCGGCUGACCCAGGAGAUCAGCACAAUGGAACACAACCAGGAUCAGCUGCUGACGGAGAGUGAGGCCAGGGUGGUGAUGGGUGGUGGGGCACAGGGCCUCAGGGAACCGCCCCUGAUGGCCACCGCUGCCUGCAGGGACUCUGCUGUGUGCCAGACUGCAGGAAGUGGAGAAGAGGCUGCAGACAGCUAGGGAGGCCCAGAACCCCCCUGGCAACUGUGGGUGAGAGGAGGACCACGCCCGUCAGCUCGCGCCUCUGAUCUUCAGGCCUCUGUCUUGACUCUUCCUCCCUGAUGCCCUGGGCAAUUGCUCAUUUUCUUCUCUCUGCUUUUCUCGUAGGCUUGAGGAAUUGGGGGGGCAGUCCCAGAGCAUCCCAGAAAGUCAGAAUGACAGGGGAGACAUAGGCACCCAGUGAACAGAAGCAGAGACUAGAGAGAAGUAAGUGGGGGCCCUUGGAGAUACCCUGAGAAGGGGGAUCCAGGCUUCCAGGAAUUUCCAGUACUGGGACGUUCUGAGGGAGCCACCUGGAGCUUGCAGGUGCAGACAAGAGGGUGUCUGUCUGAGUAAGAGUGUUUGCGAUUCUGGGUGUCAGCAACCUGAUCCCACUGUUCUUAGGUUAACCAAAGAGGAGCAGCAUCAGUUGGAGCCAUCAGGAGAGCUGCCAGGGACAGGGAUGCCCUGCUUGGCCAUGAGGAGCCACCAGUGCUCACGUCCCUUUAAGGCCUACCAAGAAAUAAAGAUGAUUGCUAGAGUCCACUGAGUCUGUGCAUAUCAAGUUGCUGUAAGUUGUUGAAAUAGGAGCGGCGGGGCUGCGUCCCCAGCACCCGGCCGCCCACAUUGCUAGGUUAUGCCCGAAAUAAUUACACGGAAACUGUAUUCUUUCAAACACUGCCUGGCCCGGCUAGGUCCAGUUUCUUAUUGGCUAGCUCUUACAUAUUGUUCUAACCCAUUUCUAAUAUUCUGUGUAGCCCACGAGCUGGCUUACCAGAGAGGAUCUUAACCUGCGUCUGUCUGGAGCGGGAGAACCAUGGCGACUCUUCCUCUAACCUUCUUUCUCCCAGAAUUCUCUUCUGUAUACUCCGCCUACCUAAUUUUCUAUCCAAUAAAAUGGGCCAAGGCAGUUUCUUUAUUAAUAAGAAACUAUUCCCACAUCAUUUCCCCUUUUUCUGUUUAAACAAAAAAGAAAGGCUUUAACUUUAACAGUAAAAUUACAUAUAACAAAACAGUUAUCAAGUAAGAAUUACAGUUACAAUAUUUAUAUCUAUUUUAUCUCUCACCAUAACUAAGGAAAACUAUAACUAUUCAUUCUUCAACUCCAUCAAAGACUCCAGAAGGAUAUAAUAAUACUUAAGUAACAAGAAAUAAGAAAACUCUAGAAAUGACAGAGACAUCUCGCUGCCUGGACAGUCACCCAAAGUUCCUCUGUACCGUUGGGGCAUCCAUCUUCGGCCUACAGGCCCAUGGUAUCCAGAGACAUUUCCAUGAAGCAGGAAAUUUCAAAGACAGUUCAGUCAUUUUCUGCUGUGUCCUGCAGAAUGUCUCGCAGACUCUUUCAUGAAUCAGGAACCCCGAAAGACCAUCUCACCUUUAGGCAAGUUCAGCAGUCCUCUCUCUGCGGGUUCUCUGUGUCCAGUUUAUGCAACAGUCCAGGCAAGAGCAGUUUCUUGCCCAAAUGACUAUCCAACUCCAUAAGGAUCCUCUUCGAUGCCCAUCUUCCUCUUGAAGUAGCUGGUGCUGCCAGGAGCAGACGUGUCUCCUUGUCAUGAAAAGUCCUAAGUUAUUAAAAUAUUUUAAAUGCCAUAUUCUGCAGUCUUUGAAAGAUAUGAAGAAUGCCUAUCUAAUUGAAAUAUAUCUCUAUAUAUCUAGAAAAUCUAACUAACAUGACUACAAGCUUAACUAUUAGCAAUGAUUAUCCAUUAACAACCUAUAUUUCCUAAUUAUACAUUACA